ACUGGCGCCAGGGCCAGCCACCGCACGCAGCCGGUGGUCAAGAGCGUGCUGGUGUACCGCAACGGGGACCCCUUCUUCGCGGGCCGCCGCGUCGUCAUCCACGAGAAGAAGGUCUCCAGCUUCGACAUCUUCCUGAAGGAGGUGACGGGAGGCGUGCAGGCGCCCUUUGGGGCCGUCAGGAACCUGUACACCCCGCGGACCGGGCACCGAAUCCGCAAGCUCGACCAGAUCCAGAGCGGGGGCAACUACGUGGCCGGGGGCCAGGAAGCCUUCAAGAAGCUCAAUUACUUGGACAUUGGAGACAUCAAGAAAAGACCAAUGGAAAUUGUUAACACAGAGGAAAUUUCUAAAGGCAGGCUAUGCUGCUUUGUGUGUGUAUCUGUGCUUUCUCACCUCCUGGCAGUAAAACCAGUAAUCCACAGCAGGAUCAACGUGUCAGCUCGAUUUAGAAAACCACGUCAGGAACCCUGUACUAUCUUCUUGAUUGCAAAUGGAGACCUCAUAAGCCCAGCAUCUCGCCUCCUCAUCCCUAGAAAAGCCUUGAACCAGUGGGAUCAUGUGCUACAGAUGGUCACGGAAAAAAUAACUCUGAGGAGUGGGGCUGUUCACAGACUUUAUACUUUAGAAGGAAAACUGGUUGAAAGUGGGACAGAGUUGGAGAAUGGACAGUUUUAUGUGGCUGUUGGCAGAGAUAAGUUUAAGAAAUUGCCUUACAGUGAAUUACUUUUUGACAAGUCAACCAUGAGAAGGUCUUACGGUCAGAAAGCUUCUUCACUGCCUCCUAUUGUGGGAUCCAGAAAGUGUAAAGGGAGUGGAAAUGAUCGCCAAUCUAAGUCAACUGUAGGAUCCAGUGACAACUCAUCUCCUCAGCCCCCAAAGAGGAAAGGGAAAAAAGAGGAUGUGAAUUUAGAAAAAUCCACAAAAGGAAAACAAAAUCUAAAGUUAAAGAACUCACCACAACCAAUUCCAGACAGUGAUGAAGGCAUUUUCAAAGCUGGAGAAGAAAGAUCUGAAACUCGGGGGGCAGCAGAAGUCCAAGAAGAUGAAGACACUCAGGUUGAGAUUCCAGUUGAUCAGAGGCCAGCAGAAAUUGUAGAUGAGGAAGAAGACGGAGAGAAGGAAAGCAAGGAUGCAGAAGAGAAAGAAGAGUUUUCAGGAAUGAAUGGUGAAGUUGAAGAGGAAGGAGCUGGGGAGGCUACAGCUGCCUCCGAGCAAGCAGAGGAGAUGCCGGGGCACAGGGAGGAGCAGGGAAGAACCACUCGUGUUAAUGGAGGCACUGAUGAAGAAAAUGGUGAGGAAAUGGAUCCUGUCAGUAACAAGCUUCAGGAGGCAGUGGAUGAGGAAACAAAGUCUCAAGGAGCUGGCAGUGAACAAGAGGAGGUUGACUUAGACCCUCAAAGACCACCAAGGCCAGAAGUAAAAAUCACUGGUCCACAAGAAAAUGAGGACAAUGAACAAAACAAAGACUAUGCUGUCGUAGCAUAGAUGAUUUUUAAAAAGAGAGUGUAUUGAUUAUAAGAAAAAUGAAGGGCUAUAAUACUUGAAUAAUAAGGAUAUAGUCCUUGCUAAACAUGAUGUGACAAUACGGUUGAAAACUACCUACUGAAUUUUAAAAUUAGAGAUUUAUUGGAAAGACCAGAUAACUUUGAAUAGCUACUAAAGGAGAGUGACUUCUCAUUAUGGGAUGUGUUUUUAGAAGUCAUUUAGAAAAUUAAGAGAUCUAGAUGGAGGAGAAUUUGACCUGGAAGACAGUUGGGUACUUGUUUUUGUAAAGGAUGAAAAAGAAUGGAAUUACUCCUAUUGUAUACUUUUUAAAAAAUUUAGAAGUGAGAUUAUUAGAUGGCAGCCUAUGCUAAAGCACUUAUCUAAGAAGGCAUAGAAUUUUAAAUGAUAAUAAGAAAGCAGCUUAACAAUAACCCACAACCGUCGGAGGAAAGCAUGUACUAUUUUUAAAGCAAUAAACUAUUGAAUAAACAAUUUAUAAUUUAAUUUCAGAGAUAAUUUGGAAAUGGCAGUAGAUUAAAAUGUUUCCAUGAUUGUUGUAUUCCAUUCUUUCUUCCUCCUUAGCCAAAAUCCACCUUAAAAGAAUUAAAAAGAAGGCAAGAUACUCAUUUUGGAAGGAGGAAGUAUUCAUUCAGUGUAUUAGUGAUUAAUAUUGUUCCUUCCUUAAGAGCUUCAGGUUUUAAUCCUUGUGGCUUUCAUAACACAUAACUCAGGAAGGAAUUAUAAAAGAACAUCCAGUUAUAUUACUGAGCCUAGAUUGAUGGUUUGCAAAUUCUGGCAUUCUAUGGAUUUUCAGUGACCCAAUCUACCUUUACCAAUAAUAUACCUCUAUUCUUCCUCAUGUUAGGGAACUCAAUAUUGGCUGUUCCAAAGAUUGAAUUUGCUCCCAUUUUUUACAAAAGGAAAGUGUAGGCUUAUGAAGAAUCUGUCACUGCUCAAUUUCACUUGCUUUUUGCUUUAUUUCUAUUAGGACUGCCUUGUCAUAUUUUGUCCCUAAGGAUAUCAGCAAAUAUUUAUUUUCAAGCCAGUUAUAUUUAGACUUUCUAGCAGAUUCCUUUCUGUAUAAUUAGAAGUUAUCUGAUAGAAAUUGUUGAAAAAAAGUUUUAAAAUUAUCAUAAUGAAACCAGUUCCAAUUACUAGUUUGUGGACUGAUUAUAUUUACUCACAAUUGCCUUGUUAGGUAUAUAUGGAGAAAAGCAUAGUUGUAUUAGUUUGUUUUUUAAUUCUCAAGAGAUAAGGCAGUUUUUCCUUAAAUAUAGAAUUAAUAUAUUUUUGUAAUAUUAAAGAAUAUUUUUGUUAUGUAGAAAUUAUAAAUUUGAAAUUUAAAUUGCUAGUGCUUUCAUAUAAUUCAUUAUCAAUCAUAAAUUUAAAAUAUUUUCCCUGCCAGAUUAUAUAACCAACCAUUUGGAGUCAGAGUAGUUAUAUAAAGUACUGAAUAAUGCUAUAGAAAAUGGAUGUAUUUUUUUCUAGCAGCUAUUUUAAUACUUUCCACAAAUAGGAAGUAGAAGGAGACACCAUAAUGUAUGUAA